AUGGAUGGGUCAACGCAGGAUGAUAGCUCGACCAUACGCUCGGAAUCACCGGGGAUGAAAAAAGAGAACUACGCCUUUGAUCCAAGCGAAGUCGGUAUCCCAUUGACAAAACCUCAACUUAUCGUCUCGUUCAUUGGCAUUGAUCCUUCCACUUACCAGCUUAUUUUUACCAAACCUAGAGUCGCCAUCUGCUUAUUUCUUGCCGCGCUCGAUACCACUAUUGUAUCAACAGCUAUCCCCCGCAUCGCAUCCGACUUCCACGCUCUGGAAUUGGGAUCCUGGAUUGCCACAGCGUACAUGCUAUCGUUCGACGCUCUGCAGCCAUUGCAUGGAAAGUUGAGUGAUAUCUUUGGUCGACGAAAUGUCCUGCUGGUGUCUAUUGCAAUCUUCCUUCUGGGAUCUAUAUUAUGUGCCGUCAGCAACAGCAUGAUCAUGCUGAUCGCCAUGCGUGCAUUGCAAGUCUAUCCAGUAUCUAUUAACGCUGAGUUAUGGUCACAAGGUGCUGGAGGUAGCGGAUGCUUCUGCGUCGUCAUGAUUGUGAUUGCCGAUGUUGUCCCCCUGAGAUCUCGAGGAAAAUACCAAUCAAUUGCAAAUGCUGUAUUUGCAAUGGCGUCUGUAUUAGGACCACUUCUUGGCUAUUACGAUCAUCUGAAAUUAACAUUUCUAAAUGGUAUCGAAUUAUUUUUCAAUGUCUUUCUAGGGCGCAUUUACCGAUCAUUUGACGUGGAGGUAUUGUUUCUACAUAAAACUUUCCAUUCACCAAUGUACAGUAUACCUUUCGGAGUUGUUGGUGCUAUCCUGAUAGCAAUUGCGCUCAAAGAGCCCAAGAAAAAUGCUUCCAUCCGAGUUCAAUUGAAGCGUAUCGAUUAUGCAGGCACUGUGGUUAUCUUGAUUAUGGCAACAUUGAUAUUACUCGGAUUGAACAUGGGUGGCGUCCAAUACCCGUGGGAUAGCGCUCCUGUCCUAGCGUGCUUAAUAGUUGGAUUUGUAUUCGUAGGGGUGUUCAUCCUUGUUGAGCAUAAGGUCGCUAAAGAACCUAUUGUGCCUCUUCGUUUGUUCCGCAAACGCACCGUGGUCUUCGUUUGCAUCAUGCAGUUCUUCUUUGGCUUUGCCUUCAAUGCCGUUGUUAUUGAGCUGCCGUUGUUCUUGCAGGCUGCAAGAGCAGAUUCAGCUAUGAUGUCCGGCGUCCGACUUAUUGUCAGUCAAGCAGCUAUCAGUUCAGUCGCUACUUUGAUGGGCUUCGCCAUGGGUCGCUUUAAUACCUAUAAGCCGAUUCUCAUGUGCGGAACGGCACUUGUUACCACUGGAGUAGGUCUUCUUGCUUUACUCACCGAUGUAACUCCUGACGGCAUGCUAUAUGGUUUUCUAAUUGUGUUCGGAGCUGGUGCUGGCAUGGUUUUCGCAUGUGGCAACGUAGCCAUUCAAUCUGCAUGUGAUUCAAAGGACUUGGCGUCUGUAACUGCUUUGGGAAUGUUCAUUCAAAAUUUGGGAAGCGCUAUUGGAAUCGCUGUUUGCUCUACUGUUAUCAACAAUAGUCUCAUGACAUGUCUUCUGUCAGCGUUGAACCCAGAGUUAACGUCAGAGGUUACCGAAAGUACCACCUUCAUUCGAUCAGGAGUGCUCACGUCGCAACAGGAAAGUGCAACCAUAAACUGCUACGUAUACAGUUUCCAUAUUGCUUGGUACGUGAUGGCUGCCUUGACAUCUGUCAGCUUCAUAGCUUCUCUCUUUAUCAAGCAGUAUUCCUUAUACCGACCUGUCGAAACCGAAAAGCCCGAAAUGAAGGAAGCCGUCAUUGAACACUCUGCUACGGAACCUUCUGAACAUAUCAAGAAUUGCUAA